CCGCUUUGUAAACAUUCUCAGAACACUGCAUCCAUCUUCCGAUUUUUUCAGACACAGGUUUGAUCCCGCAGCGCAAAGAUGGGGGCCGUUCUUGGACUUUGUUCUAUGGCGAGCUGGAUCCCCUGCCUUUGCGGCAGUGCUCCUUGUCUGCUGUGCAGAUGCUGCCCCAGUGGAAACAACUCAACGGUCACGCGGCUGAUCUAUGCUUUCUUCUUGCUUCUGGGAGUAGCCAUUGCCUGCAUCAUGUUAAUGCCAGGCAUGGAAGGGCAGCUGAAAAAGAUUCCAGGCUUUUGUGAAGGAGGAAUGGGUUCCUCUAUCCCAGGCAUUGAAGGUCAUGUGAACUGUGACGUGCUUGUGGGCUAUAAGGCGGUGUACCGUGUGUGCUUCGGCAUGGCCAUGUUCUUUCUGCUUUUCUCCCUCCUUAUGAUCAAGGUCAAGAGCAGCCAGGACCCUCGAGCAACUGUGCAUAACGGGUUUUGGUUUUUCAAGUUUGCUGCUGCCACUGCUAUUACAGUUGGAGCAUUCUUCAUUCCUGAGGGCCCCUUUACAACUGUGUGGUUCUACGUUGGGAUGGCCGGCGCUUUCUGCUUCAUCCUGAUUCAGCUGGUGCUUCUCAUUGACUUUGCUCACUCCUGGAAUGAGUCCUGGGUGGAGAAGAUGGAGGAGGGGAACUUUCGCUGCUGGUAUGCAGCUCUUCUUUCUGCCACGACUGUUAACUACAUCCUGUCCUUGGUGUCGCUGGUGAUGUUCUACGUUUACUACACCCACUCUGAUGGCUGUACAGAGAACAAGGCCUUCAUCAGCAUCAACAUGCUGCUGUGUGUGGGGGCCUCAGUCAUGUCCAUCUUGCCAAAAAUUCAGGAGUCUCAGCCCAGAUCUGGCCUUCUACAGUCCUCAGUUGUUACCCUCUACACCAUGUAUCUGACCUGGUCUGCCAUGACCAACGAGCCUGACCGCAAAUGCAACCCGAGCCUGCUGGGGAUUAUUGGCCUGAACAGCACCAGCCCAGCUGGCAAAGAGCAUGUGGUCCAGUGGUGGGAUGCCCAGGGCAUUGUGGGAUUGAUCCUGUUCCUGAUGUGUGUUUUGUACUCUAGCAUUCGCAACUCCAGCAACACCCAAGUCAACAAGCUCACCUUGACCAGUGAUGAGUCUGCUCUGAUCGAGGACGGCCCUGCCCCUGAAAACUUUGAUGAAGGAGACGGUACAAACCGUGCCAUCGACAAUGAGAAGGACGGUGUGACAUACAGCUACUCCUUCUUCCACUUUAUGCUCUUCUUGGCCUCUCUUUACAUCAUGAUGACAUUGACCAACUGGUACAGCCCCGACUCUAACUAUGAAGUGAUGACCAGCAAAUGGCCGUCUGUCUGGGUGAAGAUCUCAUCCAGCUGGAUUUGUGUGUCUCUGUAUGUGUGGACCCUGGUGGCUCCUCUGGUCCUCACCAACCGUGACUUCGACUGAGCCAGCUGGAGGAGGGCACCGAGCGUAUCUUGCUCGUCUGUAUUGUGAAUAUGCAUUUGUAUAGGAUGGGCAAGUUCUGUCAGAAUUGUAAAUACCUGAGCAUUCCCUAUGGUUAGCCCUUCAUUUUGUUUGAACUAUUGCAUGUGGUCUAGCAAUAUUUGUGUGGUGAAAUGUUAAGGUAAAAGAAAUGGGCCUGGCUUGGGUCAUUAAUUCCACCUGAUGGGAUUAUUUGCAUAUACAUCCCACAGAAAGAGGAGAGGGGGGGGGGGGGGGAGUACUGUUUUUCCUUAAAAAAAAGUGUAUGAAAAGUUAUGCGUGAACUUGUCCAUUUUGUUGUUUGCGAUGUGGUUUGUGGAGAUAUAGCAACAGUGCACAUUAUUGAAGCGCCUAAGUCAUGAGACUAAUUUCCUGUAGCAUGUCAGAAUUCAGUAUUGCUGCUUCAGUAUGAAGUUUCACUGCUAACAAAAACAUUGGAUUUUGCUGUGCUGUUUUAUUUAUUUUCACUGAAAUAUGACAUUUAGGGUAUGAGCUAUAAAACCCUAUUGCUCAUUAGAUAUGCUGUUUCAGUAACAUCAUGGAGUUUCCUUUCCUUAGUGUUUAGUAUUGCUGCUUAUGUUGCCAGUUUUGUGUAUGCUUUACAAAGUCAGGCCUUUACUGAUGUUUUAGUCCUAACUACUCUUUUGCAACUUGCACAGGUGCGUUUUGUUUGUGUGUGAAUUUUUGCACUGAUCCUUCUGUGAAAACCAUGUAGACGUGUGAUCUGUCGGCUGACAUUAGUCUAGUUAUGGCUGUUAAUUUUAUUUUGUGCUUAAAACAAAAGCUUUGUAACUUGUCUUAAUCAUUAAAGGUUUAAAACCCUGUG